GGAGAGAUAUACUACAAAUCAAAUCAAAUGUAUUUAUAAAGCCCUUCUUACAUCAGCUGAUAUCUCAGUGUUGUACAGAAGCCCUCAGAGAGAGAGAGAGAGAGAGAGAUCGACAGACCGAGACAGAGAGAACGAGAGAACGAGAGAGAGAGAGAGAUAUUGGGGAUUUCCGUGUUUAGACAAAGCCGGCUCCUCAUACUUAAACACAGCUAACUGGUCACUGUCAGUCAGAGUUCUACUGUCCUAUUCAGUCAUGUGCUCAGAUCGGACUUCUGUACAGGCAGCCCAGAAACCCAGUAAACCUGGGACAUCGAAUGGACUUGAUAAGCUGAGUCGUUUGGAACAGAUGGAGCAAGAGGAGUCACUGGACAGAGAGGACCCCAGAGAAUACUGCCAUGGGGGGUACCACCCUGUUCACAUUGGAGACACCUUCAACAGGAGAUACCAGGUUGUGUCUAAGUUGGGCUGGGGAUACUUCGCCACUGUUUGGCUCUGCUUGGAUCUCAGGUUGGGCAGGCGAGUGGCCGUGAAGGUUUUGAAGAGUGGAGAAGGAUUCACACAGGCUGGGCAAGAUGAACUGACUCUGCUACGUUGUGCCAGUGGUCCCACGGCUCGUCACCCACACAGCCGGAGAAUAGUCCAACUGCUGGAUGAGUUUAAGAUAGCUGGGGUCAACGGAGUCCAUGUAUGCUUAGUGCUGGAGCUGUUAGGACCAGACCUCUGCUGUUGGCAGGUCUGUUUUGGGAACCCAGGACUAUCGCUUUCCUGGGUCAAACAGGUCAUUGCUCAGGUUCUUCAGGCGUUGGACUACCUGCACACUCAAUGUAAAAUCAUCCACACAGACAUCAAGCCUGAAAAUAUACUGCUUUGUUUGGAGGAGCAGAACCCAAAACAGACAGCAGGGGGCAGUGCAUGUCCUCCAUUCCCUGGGAAGUCGAUGAGUAGAGCAGAGAAUGACCUGGUGUCUCCCAUCAGUCUGGAGGAGGUCACAGUAAAGAUUGCUGACCUGGGAAGCUCCUGUUGGGUGUACAAACAUUUCUGUGAGGAGAUCCAGACCUGUCAGUACCGCUCACUAGAGGUUCUACUGGGCUCUGACUACGGCCCACCAGCAGACAUCUGGAGUGUAGCCUGCUUGGCGUUUGAGUUGGUCACUGGAGAUUCAUUGUUUGAGCCCAAAGCUGGGAAGACCUUUUCCUUAGAGGAAGACCACAUCGCUCAUAUAAUUGAACUCCUUGGCAAAAUCCCAGCAGCAGUAGCCUUGUCUGGGAAAUAUUCAGUGGAGUACUUCAAUUGCAGAGGUGAAAUGAAUCGUAUCGGGGUGCUGCGGUCCUGGGGUUUGUAUGAGGUGCUAGUGGAGAAAUACAACUUCCUGCUGAAGGAGGCCUCUCUGUUCUCUGACUUCCUGUUGUGCAUGUUGGACUUCCAGCCCAAGAGGAGGGCCAAUGCUGCCCAGUGUCUCCUGCACCCAUGGCUUAGCUCCUGAGCCCUGGCCUUGGAGACCUGAUAGCCCCUCUCGUGAGUCCCCCCCCCCCCCCCCCCCCCCCCCCCCCCGUUGAGCCAAAUUGACACGAAGUUAAUAGAUACAUGUGUUACAAGCAUUUUGCUACACUCGCAUUAACAUCUGCUAACCAUGUAUAUGCGACAAAUUAAAUUUGAUUUGAUUCGUUAGUGUACCUGCAGAAACAAACUGAAUGGUGCUCAGUCGCUAAGACUAGGAGAGGAUAUACGUAAUCGUAGUAGGAAUGGUUGUUGCAAAUACAUAAAGAGAACAUAAAGGGAAUUAAAAUAUUUCAUAUGUAUAUGCUUGUAAAUUCAAAGUUAUUAUUAUUUUUCCAUUAAAAGUUCCCUCUGACAUAGCCCUGGGGUUCAUCUUCCAUACCUAAUACUGUCAGAGGGACGCAUUUUUUGGGGGACCGAUGUUUGUUAAGAUAAAUUUGUGGGGGCAUCCUGAGUGGUGCAGCGGUCUAAGGCAAUGCAUUGCAUUGCUUGAGCCAUCAUUACAGACCCAGGUUCGAUCCCAGGCUGUGUCACAGCUGGCUGUGACUGGGAGACCCUUGAGGUGGCGCACAAUUGGCCCAGCGUCGUCCGGGUUAGGAGAGGGUUUGGUAGGCAGAGAUUUCCUUGUCCCAUUGUGCUCUAGCGACUCCUGUGGCGGGCUGGGUGCAUGCACGCUGACAUGGUUGCCAGGUGUACAGUGUUUCCUCCGAUACAUUGGUGCGGCUGGCUUCCGGGUUAAGCGGGCAUUGUGUCAAGAAACAGUGGGGCUUGGCUGGGAUGUGUUUCGGAGGAUGAAACGACUCUCAACCUUCGCCUCUCCUUAGUUCGUAUGGGAGAUGCAGCGAUGGGACAAGACUGUAACUACCAAUUGGAUACCACAAAUUUGGGGAGAACUUUGCCCCUCCUGCUCAAGAAUGACGGGCAAACCUAUUCUGUCUUCCCUUUGGAGAACGCUUUCUGGUUCCAGGUAGAACCCCCAUUUUGGGUUCCAUGUAAAACUCUUUCCAUAAGGGAUCUACCUGAAAUUGGAAAGGGUUCUCCUAUGGGGACAGCUGAAGAACCCUUUUGACACCCCUUUUUCUAAGAGUGCAUAACAUUUGAAAUAAAGAAGAUUCAUGUAUUUA